GGCGGCAGGUGGACAUGCUCACGUAGGGGCCAGGCGCCUGGAUAACCCCCAGCCCCGUGCCUGGCUGCUGUGUCCCGGCACGGCACCCGCCCCAAUCAUGGACCCGGCCCCGGAGAUGAAGAGGUACGUGGAUUUUGGAAGGGAGCGAGGGUGCACGUUUCCCCACCGUCCGGCUGGGCGGCAGAGCCAGCCCCCGCUGUCCCUGUAUCACGGGUGGAUGUGUGUAAGGUGGGAGUAACAACAACGCGCCCCGUCCUCGGAGGGAGGGGGCUAAGCUGGCCUUUGUGAGGAGACCUUUAGCCCCUUAGCAGCCUAUGUUUAGGUGUAACCAAAUUAUGAGUUAGGAAGAUGUUCUUGCAAUUUGUGUUGCUAGAAACAUCUUGAAUUUAAUGACUUUUUUCAACUUAAAGGUGCUGCGUCCAGGUGACACAGUGAAUUCCCUCUGUGCCCUGCAUGUGCCGCCCAUAGCACAACCUGCUCAGUUCGUGGAGGGGGAGAUGUUUAACCUGGCUAGUGGCGAGCUCUGACUUAGCCGGGAGCCACGGCAGAACGAGCCGUGCCCACGAGCAUCCCACUCCCUGGCAGUCACCGCUGCCGUCCUGCUGCUGGCUGCCGGGGUCCUGGGGUGGGCAGCACCAGCCCGAAGUAUUGCAGUCAGUUUUCAGAUCUAGGCUAGAUUUUAAGCCAGAUUUUAGAGGAAGUCCAUUUGUUCCCAGCAAUAAUUAAGUCUGUUUCACCUUCCCAGCAACAAGCAUUAAUCAAUCUCAGAAACCCUGCCUGGGGAGAAAUGGCAAAAGCCUCGGUGGAAGAGUUAACUUGGCAUCAUCCGCCCCGGUGAAUACUUGUGCCGCAGUCUAUCCAGGUCACCUGGCAGGUCUCCUGCGAUGGCUGGAAACAUUUGACCGGUCAGAAAUGGAGUUCGUGUCCCCAGACCCCGAGAGCUGUUCCCCUCUGCGCAGGGGAAGCCACGCUACCCCUCGGCAUUUUAAUGGGAGAUUUAUUCUGAAAACCAUCUUGCUCGGUUUAGCCAGCUGAGAGGACAAAAUAGCCCUGUGUUCUGACAGGCAGAGAUGGAAGAGGUCAGGGGGUUGAAUGGAAAUUGGAGGGACUGCCCUGCAGCCAAGCUGGAGCUUAUGGGGAUGGGUUGAGUUCAGCUUGUCACUGCUGAACUUGUGUGAGGCCUUUUCUGGGGAGAGGUGAGGUCAAGGUGGUGGAACCUCAUGGGAGCCGGGUACGUGACUUUGCCAGUCACUCAAAUGAAAUCAACUGGUCUGGCAGGACUCUGGCAGCGCCUCAGCGUCUCUGAGACUUCUGGGACAUCUUAGUCUUUUCUUGCCUUCAUCAACCAAAGCAGUGCGUUAUUUGCACGCAUGGCCACUUCCUUGCUACCUGCUAGCACGGUCAUUGCAUAUUUGUAUCUCAAAGCCCUUCUACAGGACUCCCUUCUUUCUUUUCCAGCUUGUUUCUUAUUCACACGGGAGGUUUUAUCCUGGCAGAGGGGACUCGGGGCUGCUUACUGCUAUUGCCGACUGCUUGUCAUGAAGCAUUUUCUAACAGCAAAGCUUUGGGAGCAGCAAUGUGUCUAAACCCAGGUUAUACAGGAAUAUCACCCUUAAGUCUUGCUGUGCAUCUCGAUAUUGAAAUGGGGUUACCCAGAAGAUUACUAUUCCCCUUGCAUAGGUAGCCUCUCCUCAACACUUUCUUUGCAAAGGAGAUCCUUGCUCCAGUUUAAUUUCAUCCCUUCCUUUUGCUAGUGGCACCUCAUCUCUGUUUUAUGCAUGAGGCAUGUUGUCAAAGGAAAAUGAAGAUGUGACUUCAUUGCUGGAAGUCUUCACAGAACCACCUAAACUGAGGAUGAAAACAUGUGCCUGAAUGAAAACAUUUAUGGUCAAGUGACCUGUUUGACUUUUCCCCGUUGAGUCCUGUACCUUCUACAAGUUGCCAAUGUAAUAUUUGCAGCCAGUAAAACCUGAAGUUAAAAAAAAAAAAAAAAAAAAGCAAAGCAAAACAGUCCCUGAAACAUUGGGCCAAGCAGAUCUUUUAGCACUUCAGAUGCUGAAGCUCACCAUAGCCUUUUCCUAAUUUCACUGCUAUUUCUUCCACUCCAUUCACGAUUAAAUGUUUCACAGGGUGUGUAAUAUCAGUUAGUCUAAUGCCUUCCACUGUACUGACUGGUUGAUGAUUCUUCAGAGGUAGGAAAAGCUUCCACAACACAUCUCGGACAAGCACUGGUGCAGGUGGCCAGUCCGUUGCUGAUACUUACGGGCGAUCAGCUAACCACAAAGUUUUGACUUUCCUUAGUCUAGUAAAAGAGAACAAAUAACAUUGAUUAUCAGGCAAGGAAAAUUUGUCCUGGAGCAUCUUCCUUUUGUCCUGCAUUUUCAAUGCAGCUUCAGAAAAGCGUACAGGUUCUUCAAAUAACUGAAGUGCUAUACUUUCCUUACAGGAAUAGGUUCCCCAGCAUGAACUUUGAAGCAGAGAUUCUGACAGCUCCACACGAUAAUUCAGAGCUAUAUGUGAUCCCUUCCAUGAGAAGUCUCACAGCUGAGGAGUAUGUGGAGGCCUUUAAGUCAUUUUUGGAUCAUUCAACAGAGCACCAGUGCAUGGACGAGUUCAACAAGGAAGAAAUGCCCAACAUCAUGGCUGGUCUUGGCAAUGGAAAAUCGACUAUAAAUGUUCUGGGCGUUGGAAGCGGCACAGGUGAGCAGGAUUUGAAAAUGAUCAGGAUACUGCAGUCUGCACACCCGGGGGUCCUUAUUGACAAUGAAAUCAUAGAGCCCAACGCACAGCACGUGGCAGCUUACAAAGAGUUGGUGAAUCAAGCUCCAGACCUGCAGAAUGUCUCUUUUAUUUGGCACCAGCUCACUUCCGCAGAGUACGAACAACAGGUUAAAGAGAAAGGUGCACGUAAGAAAUUCGACUUCAUCCAUAUGAUCCAGAUGCUGUACCGUGUGGAGGAUAUUCCCAAUACUAUCAAGUUUUUUCACAGCUGCCUUGACCAUCAUGGGAAACUCCUGAUCAUAAUUUUAUCAGACAGUAGCGGAUGGGCCAGCUUAUGGAAGAAGUACAGACACUGCUUGCCUUCCACCGACAGCGGCCACUACAUCACCUCCAACGGCAUCACGGAUAUUUUAAAGAGACUGGGUGUUGAAUAUUGCAUUUAUGAGUUCCCGUCAGGCUGGGAUAUCACCGAGUGCUUUAUCGAGGGGGACCCGGUUGGAAGCCGCAUGAUGGAUUUCCUGACGGGGACAAAAAACUUCCUAGGCACAGCCCCCCCGGGUCUGCGGCGGCGGCUGCAGGAGGCUCUCUGCCAGCCCGAGUGCAGCAGCAAAAAGGACGGGAGGAUCGUCUUCAGCAACAACUUGAGUAUGAUUGUGGUUGACUCCUAGACUCCGGACCAACUGCAGAAGACAAGUUAGGGUGGGUGUAGGGGUGAUGUAGUUGCAGAAGGGUGUAGUGGAGAAAGAAAGCAACUUGCAGGCAAGAAGGUAAGAAAGUGGGGCUCAGGCACAGCCCCCCGUUCCCAGGCAGGGUCAGCGGACAUUGCAACACUGGGGAUGAGCUUUUUGUCCCGCUGAGGUCAACGGGGCCAAGAUUUCACCCUGGUUAUUUAGUCCAGCCCUAGGAGAAUGUUUUCCAGAAAGUAAAGAGCUCCAUCUCACUAAAAGCCUACAUGGACUUUUUUUUAAUGGUACGCAUCUUGUCUGUGAUUUUGACACUGGGAUUUCCACUUUUCUAUAUAGCCAGCAUGUUUACAUACCCAAAGACGUGUCUAUAAGCCAGGUGCUGCUUUGGAGCCGGGAGGAGGCUGCAGCCCCCAUGCUGGCUGCAUACAGACCCACUGCUUCCAGCUGCGCCAGGGCAAAACCAGCAAGGUGUCCCCGCUGCUUUGCACCCAAGUAAUGUGCCUCACUGCACCCAGAUCUGAGCUGUGAGUUGCUCUGCACUAGGCUAUUUCACAUGGUUUUAUCAACGUAGGUAUUUAUUGUGCCAAGCGUCUCAGCAUCUCGCAAUAUAGACAUGUCUUAAAAAUUUAUCAGCCUUUUUGUUUGGAGACUUUCUGAAUCCCAGGAUGAUACUUGCCCUGUGCUCUUUCAGGCAGAUAUUAAUUUUGUUACUUUCUUACUACUGUUUUUC